AUGGUCCCCGCCGCCUGCGUGCUGCUCUGGGCCCUGCUGCUUAGUCUGGGGUCCCGGGCGGCGGGGGCCCGCAACUCUACCUCGGCUCCCACGAUGACCACGGGGAUGCAGCGGGUCAGCUUCCGCUUUGGGGCUCCAGCCCGCAGCCGCAGGACCACAAACAACGCCAACCAGACCACUCUUCGGAAGCCCAAGAUAACUCUGGAGGACGAGAACGAUGCCCUGGCCACCGCUGACCGCCUGGCCGGCCCGGCGGCUGCCGAGCUCCUGGCCACAGUGACGGGCAUCAGCCGGACGGCUAUCCCCAGCCCCAAUGAGGACGAGGACGGGUCUUUGGAAGAAGGGGUGGUGAUUGAUGCCCGAAAGAAUAACACCAGCUCUGGGACGCCCGACACAACUCCCAAAAAGGUGUUAACUUCCAGCGCCCGCAAGGUGGUAGCUAACAGUCAGGAUAAAGAAAUCAGGAUGACCACAGACCUGCCGCCCCUCACUGCGAAGUACACUGAUGAACUGCUGAGCUCCGUGGCCUCCCUCAACCAGUGGUCCACCGCGGGCUCCACCCCCAAGACGUGGCCAUCAUCUUCACACACAGCCAUGCCAGCUCCUGAGGAUCUGCGGUUGGUGCUGAUGCCCUGGGGUCCAUGGCACUGCCAUUGCAAGUCGGGCACCAUGAGCCGGAGCCGGGCCGGGAAGCUGCAAGGCUUAUCUGGGCGCCUCAGAGUUGGAGCACUAAGCCAGCUCCGCACCGAGCACCGACCUUGCACCUACCAGCAAUGUCCCUGCAACCGACUGCGGGAGGAAUGCCCCCUGGACACCGGGCUCUGUGCUGAAAGCAGCUGCAGCUCUCAGACGACCACCACCUCCCGGACCACCACCACCACCAUCCUGCCCCCCAUCCACCUCCGACGGAGACCCCUCCCGGUGCCUCCCACCACCCCCAGCCCAGCUCUGGCUUUUUGGAAACGGGUCAAGAAUGGUUUGGAAGAUAUCUGGAAUAGUCUCUCUUCAGUGUUCACCGAGAUGCAACCAGUAAGUGUUUGA